ACCAACACUAUCCGGUGCAUUGGGCGAGUGUGUCACACUUUCAGCUACUGAGUGUGUCAUGCUGCUCUCAGAACACCAUUAACCUGCGGAUACACACAUGAAACACGCGGAUUACCUGGCAGACACGCACACAAGGGCUCAUUUGUUGUCGUUUCAGACGCUGAUCUGAUCAUUUCUAAGCUUUUUUAGUGUAUAGUUGAGGAUAUUGGGGGAUAAGAUGGCGGAUGUGGCUCCGGCCGGCGUGGAGAAGAGUCUGGAUGACUUCUUCGCCAAACGCGACAAGAAGAAAAAGAAGGAGAAAGGAAAGGGAAAGGAGCAGGUGACCGGAGCAGCAGCAAUGCCGGUGAAAAAGAUGAAAAAGGAGAAAGAGAAGUCGACGAAGAGUGAGAAUCAAGACGCGCAGAUGGAGAAGGAGGAUGAGGAAUGGAAGGAAUUUGAGCAGAAGGAAGUGGACUACACUGGACUCAGACUCCAGGCCAUGCAGAUGAGUGAUGAAAAGGAGGAGGAAGAGUACGAGAAGGAGGAAGUGGGUGAGGAUGGCGAGAUCAUCUUGGUCACCGGUGAUAAAAUGUCUGGACCUUGGAAUAAAUCAGGGGGGGCUCCUCCUUCAGCUGCUUCAGCUCCGGUUGAGGAAGUUGAAGUUCCUGAGCCCAAAGCACCUGGUGUAUAUCGUCCCCCUGGGGCCCGGUUAACCACUACUAAGAAAGGCCCAGCUCAAGGGCCUCCAGAGAUCUUCAGUGACGCCCAGUUUCCUUCACUCUUGUCCACUGCCAGACAUGUGGAGACUCGCAAGGACAGAGAGAUGGAGAAAACCUUCGAGGUGGUCAAGCACAAGAGCCGGGUUAGAGAAGGCGAAGGUCCAGGCUCCAUGCAGCAGUUACAGUUAGAUAAUCAGUACGCCAUACUGGGGGACAAAUAAUAGCCAUCUCCCCUGUCCCCCCCAAGCCUACCGCCGACGGUACAGUAAGACUCGCAGGGGGCAAAAAAAAAUGACCUGCAGCUGCCUGAUGCAGUCCUGACUGAGCUGGAGACGUCUGUGCCCAUACAUACACACACAAACACACCCUAUUAAACAUAUACACAUGAAAAUAUUUUUACACACACAUUUAGCCAUUGAAGUCCUCUCAUAUACACACACACAAACACACGGACACGGCGGAUAAAGGCCCUCCCUUAUCAACUGCAUUCAAACAAGCUGCAGCAAACAGGAACUGACUGAAAUUUCCAAAUCUGCUUUAUAAACAACACCGUUCACCAAGACGAAUGACACUGCAUCAAACGAACAAGGCACCAAAUGUUUAUUACGGUGGAUUUCCUCAUGAGGUUGGUUGGCCGGCAGAGCCACUGGACAUCAGCCAAUCUUGAGAAAAUGAGAAAAGCCACUUUGAGGAUGGAGUAUAAGACAUUGGGUGAGAAUAAAAAAAAAAACUGCUAACGUUUUUUUUUCUUUGCUACAUCAGUAUCGCUCCCAAACCAUUGGAUUUUUUUAUUCUUGCGUUGUGAUGACAGAAAGCUGGGAGUUUUUGGUUUUGGGCACUAGAGAGGGGAGACUACCUCAGUUACAUAUCUGUGGUUACUAUGUCGACCAGGUUCUGGGCUCUGAUUGGCUGCAGAAAUUAACACCAGUCCAGCCAAAGAGGAGCAACUCAACGUUUCAACCUUAAACUUGAAUAUUCUCCUGUUUUUUUUUCCCCCCCUCUCUUCUUAAUGCAAGAUCUGUCGACAGAGGCGAUAAAGUCUUCAAAUUUACCUGUUAAAGUGGCCUUACUGUGGGGGAAAAAAGAUAUGAAAGCAAUGGGAGAGAAAUAUAUUUAUAUUUAGAGAUGCGCAAAAAAGAUAUUGUUCUCAAAGGCACUUCCUGGUCGUGUUGCAGGUGAAUGCCUGCUUGAUGAAAUCUUACCACUCUGAGGAGUUCAAAAAAACCAUCUUCGUAUCCCUCUGUGAGAAUGUAGUUCUGUGCUAGCUUGUCGACAUGCUGCGAAUAAUGGAUGAUCUCUAACAAUGUCCCUUUAACCCUUUCAUCUGUUCAUCUCUCCUCAUUUUAUUUGAUUCCAUGAUGAUUGACAAACCAUUAUUAAAGCUUAACCUUUCUAAUCUCA